GACUUCUCCGCUGUAUCGGGAGACAUGGCGACGUCCCUGAUUUGCGGCUGUUUGACGGCUAGCCUGAGAUCUUCGGGGGCCAGAAACACUAUCAGCUCUGCUUCAAAGGUCCUUGGAGGCUCCACGGGUCUGUUUGGUGGCCAUGUGUCCCAGCUGCAGCCUCCCCACCUGCAGCAGCAGCAGAGGAACCUCUCCCUACAUGAAUACAUGAGCAUAGGCCUGCUGAAAGAAGCCGGCAUCUCCGUACCGGCGGGAAUGGUGGCCAGCUCCUCUGACGAGGCGUACGAUGUGGCCAAGAAGAUCGGUUCUAAGGACCUGGUGGUGAAAGCUCAGGUUCUGGCCGGAGGCAGAGGGAAGGGGACGUUUGAGGGCGGACUGAAGGGAGGAGUGAAGAUCGUCUACUCCCCAGAAGAGGCUCGGGAAAUUUCCUCUCAGAUGAUUGGUCGAAAACUGUUCACCAAACAGACCGGGGAGGCGGGUCGGAUCUGCAACCAGGUGUUCAUUUGCGAGCGCAGGUACCCGCGCAGAGAGUACUACUUCGCCAUCACCAUGGAGAGGUCUUUUCAGGGUCCCGUGCUGAUUGGCAGCUCGCAGGGGGGCGUGAACAUCGAAGACGUGGCGGCAGAAAAUCCAGACGCCAUUGUGAAAGAGCCCAUCGACAUCGUAGAGGGCAUUAAGAAGGAGCAGGCUGUCAAGGUUGCUCAGAAGAUGGGCUUCCCAGACGCUCUGGUGGACGAGGCGGCGGAGAACAUGAUCAAGCUCUACAACGUUUUCAUCAAGUACGACGCCUCCAUGUUGGAGAUCAAUCCCAUGGUGGAGGACUCCUCUGGAGUCGUGAUGUGCAUGGAUGCAAAAAUCAACUUUGACUCCAACGCGGCGUAUCGCCAGAAGAAGGUGUUUGAUAUGAGGGACUGGAGCCAGGAGGACCCCCGGGACCAACAGGCUGCCACGGCUGACCUCAACUACAUUGGUCUGGACGGGACCAUCGGCUGUCUGGUUAAUGGUGCUGGUCUGGCUAUGGCCACCAUGGACAUCAUCAAGCUCCACGGCGGCACACCGGCCAACUUCCUGGACGUAGGAGGCGGGGCCACGGCCCAUCAGGUGACGGAGGCGUUCAAACUCAUCACUUCAGACCAGAAGGUUCAGGCCAUCCUGGUCAACAUCUUUGGAGGCAUCAUGAGGUGUGAUGUCAUCGCCCAGGGCAUCAUCAUGGCUGUGAGAGACCUGGAUCUCAAAAUCCCCAUCGUAGUACGGUUACAAGGAACGAGAGUGGAUGAUGCCAAAGCUCUGAUCGCUUCCAGCCCUCUGAAAAUCCUGGCCUGUGACGACCUGGACGAAGCUGCAAAGAUGGUUGUAAAACUUUCUGAAAUCGUUUCCUUGGCAAAAGAAGCUCAAGUGGACAUCACCUUCCAGCUGCCCAUCUAAGGAGCCCCCUCUUCUCCCUGUCGCCCCUCAGUGACCUCCGCCCCCUCCCCCACUCACCGACAGUAGGACCGACGUCUCCAGAUGCGUCCACCUUCAUCUCAGUCGUCUCUCCUGAUGGCAAGACUCUGAACGGCUCUCACUUCGAGCAAAACUACCUUCUACACGCUCUCUGUUUCCACAUCUCAGUCAAUCCCACAAUGUUUUGUUGCACUUAGGAUGAUACGCACAAGCUGCUCCCAGCUUCAACCCCCCCUCUUACUCUCCACAGCUCUGAGAGAACGACUCGCGAUCCGUCGGUCUGUUUACUUCCUCACUUGCUUGAAAAACCUGGUUUAAAAAAAAAAAACACAGAGGUUAUCAUCUAGUUCACUGCCGAUCACAUUUAGCUGAUAAUCAGUUUCAGAGCAGACACCGAACAACCAUUUAGAGCAUUCAGAGGUUUCUCUUGGUCGCCAUGGCUGCAGAAGGCUCAAUGAAUUGUCUCGCAAUGAACUCUUGACACUUUCAGACUCUGGCUUCCUGUUAGUUUGUCAUCGCUUCAUUCACAAAUGACACGUUGGUACUUUUUUUUUUUUUGAAGCAAGUAUUCUGGUGGUCUUUUCAAACACAAGAGUUUCAAGUAAAAUGUUAGAAUUUCAUGAACCAGUCAGUAUUUUUUGGUUUCUGAUCCAAAUCAUUGCAGGCAAGCUUAUCCAUCUUCAUCUGGUACUUUAAUAAAAUUAGUGGCUUGUAAAUUCAUUAAAAUAACACAGUCAGGAAAGUUGUCACAACCAAAAUGAGUUUAGAUUUAGUGAACAUAUAUUCAGGUCGAUAUGUAGAGAAAUAUUCAGUUUAAUCACCACUUGGUGACUAUUUUUCCUGCAGUUCAGUCUGUUGAAAUGCUAAGCUAACAGUUUAUUCUACGUUUUACUUGCUGUUUAGUCAUAAGAUGUUUCAAUUUGUUUUUUCUUUAGUUCCGCAGACAAAAUAUGGAGAAAAAGUUGUUUGUAAUUUUUUUUUUACAAACUCGGAUCUUUGAAUGUUUUAAAGUUGAAUGACUGGAGCUUCGGCUGCUUUCUGAACAGGACAAACAGCUGUUUAUACUCAAGCGCUAACAGUUCAGAUGGACACAAAAACAUCAGAACAUCUCUGCUUGAAAGCAAAUCGUACAUAUUCUGUUCAGUCCUUUUUGUUCUUUUUGGACCUCACAUCCCUUCCUGGUAGAUUAUACAAAACUUCUAUUGAACAUAUGAAGAGAUAUUGGAUGUUAUCCUUAAUUGUGUCGUUAGCUUUUAACUUCUCAUGUCUGUCACAGGAAACAACCUUUCUACCAUUUUUCUUUUUUUAUAUAUAUAUAUAUAAUGCAAAAACUUAAAAUUCAUAGUCUUGUAUUGUUUGAAGCAGUUUUUCCUCCGGUUUUUCCUAAUUGGCUGAGGUUGUGUUCAAGAAGUAGGAAGUAAAAGCUGAUGAUCCCGAGUUUCACAUCUUUGUUUUUCCCUUUUUAAACCUCCUGUCGUCUUGAGUGCCGGCUCAAAACUGUUCAAGGAACCACUACUGUUUUUUUUUCUUUUCUUUUAGGUUACAAAAAAUGGUUUGCUGCUGGACUCUUCAGCUAAUCCGUUAGCUGAAGAGUCCAUCUAAUAUUUGUUUAUGUGAAAUAAAACCUGCAGGAGCCGUCGCACAGCAGCUGCUUCUCUUCCUUUCUGUAUCUAAGGUCAGAGUCUUGCUCGUCUGCGCCCCCUUCAGAUGAACUGUGGAACAACUGUAGUUGUUUUCUCUCCCUCCCUCCGUUUCUCCCCUCCGCUUCCCCCGCCUCAGCGUCGCGAACACGAGCAGACAUUGUGAGUUGUACGUUAUUUUAUCUUGUAAAUAACCAGACUGCUGUUCUCACUCUGUAACAUAUUUAUGAUCCUCUGAAAGGAGUUCGACAAUGAAAAGAAUAAAUGGAGAACAACAGCAAGUUA